AUGCGUUUUUUCGGAGAUUUAAAAAAACGCAGGGGGAAUGGAAAUUCCGAUUCUAUGAAAGGGGAGGGAAACGAGGCGUACUUAUAUUCAACGGGAGCAGCCGGACACGCCGGCCACCUGGCUGGCAUGUCUUUCUGCGGAAGUUUGGGACAGGGUAGCCAUAAAUAUCUAUAUUGUUCUCCAAAUCGUUUACAAAAGAUGGCGCCGUUCAGCCUCCUCUCUCUCGCAAGCGCCUCGUUGCUCCUUGCUCACGGCGCCUUCGCAGAAGAUACCAGCGUCGGAACCGAGGUGGACUGCACUACAGCAAUGAACGCGCUCAGGAAGAAAGCGGGCCUCGAGGCUUUCACGAUACACACAAGCGUGGACGCAUACCAUCUCCCAGUGGGAACCCAUCUAGCGGGGGAUAAAGUUACUACAGAUAAAAAAGAGGAGGUGAAAGAACUCUGUACCAAGAUCCUGGGGAAUACAGCUGAUACAAGCAAACGAGUCGAUGGGGAUAAGGUAAACCUGGUUGCGGUCCAGGAGGGGCUAUCGGCGGAUUGCUCGGCUGCAGUUGACUACUGGAGGGGUGCUUUCCCGACAUUUACCGGUAAACCCCAGAAGUUCACUGGAAAUCAAUACGACGGUAAACAAGUCUCGUUUCUCGGGCUUUUAAACCCAAAAAGCGGCGCUAGCGUGAAUUGUGCAUACUACAAUUGCGCUAAGGAGAGUGGAGAAGGCUCGUUUAACGGGUUGAUAUGUAGAACACAGAUGAACGUCAACGACGGCGAACUUUUCACCGACGAGCAGUGGGAUAAGAUUGUUCAAGCGUUCGAUUCAGGAGCUGCGGCACUGCCUACGAUGAUGGCAAUAGGGGCAGCUUUUGUUGGAUUAUUUGUGUACUAG